AUGGCUGAGAUGAUGAAGAUCGAGAGGAAGGCAGUGGAGGAGGAAGAGAAGGCCUCAUCGGACAACGAUGUCCUAAGGGCGAUGAACGAGCCAGCACUCAAUGGGUCUGUCGUGAAUGGCGAAAGAGAUUUACACCAUUCAGCAUUGUCGAAGGAGCGACAGUCAUUACCCAUGUAUCAAGGCAUUCAAAUACAGAAUGGUCUUGGCCACAGUGACCAGCCUGGUGGGAGCAAAGAGCACAAUGAACAGUCGCAAGAAAGGCACAAAAUUGAUUCAGUAGAAGAGCAAACUCUUUUGGCAUCGGGGUCAUUGAGGCAGCCUCCACAAGCACCAAAAGUGCGAGAUGUUGCUGAGACUCCGCCGCCUCGACCAAGUGUACAAUUCAGUCCUAGACCACCAACCGUGGAUGUUAGCCAGAAUCGCCAUAUUCGGAACUCCUCGGUAGCCAUUGAAGAAGACGAUUCUAAUAACAAGGACGGUUGGGGAGGAUCAUUAUUGAGCAGAUUGAAAGCCUUAACAACGUCCCCGAACGGUCAAUCUCACACCCGAUCCUUGAGUAGUACAGCCAUCAAUAGAGAGGCCGAUGGCAAAAUGCACACGUCUCGGUCUCCUGUUAAGAUGGAAAAGGGCCUUCAACCUGAUCGAUAUCCCAUUGGCAAUGAGGAUGGUGAUGCAGACGUAGAAGAAAGUGAGGGAGAAGGAUUUCCGGAGGCUCGCAGCGCACAGCAACAUGCUCUCCGAUUCAAAGGGAGGCGGACGGGCGAUGGGUCUGCAAAUGAAAGUUCGCAAACAGCUCCGUCGACUCCCAAUCUACGUCCGAAAAGAGAUCGGCCUAAAGUUCAGACAAGCAUUUCUGCCAACCCCAAUGACGAAUCCCGUCCGACCUUCAUACCGCGACGUGCUACUAUGAGUGACAUUCAAGAUGAUGAACGCCACGGCAUUUCCGAAGACGAGGGUAGACAGCGUCUCUCUCGACAAAGUCCGUGGCGUAAAGGCAGCGCAUGGAUCAACAAUGCUCGUGGUAAUGAACAAUCAACGAAUCGCAGGCAGAAUGAACGUGCAGAAUCAGAGGAGCGACGUCCGCAUACCUUGAGACGCCUUACGGGGUUUGGCUCUACUACAGAGAGCCCAGCUGGAUCAUCGUUUUCACCCUGGCGGCUACACCGAGGGGAGAGAGCAACGAAUCUUAGUUCAGCCAGAUGGCAGCGCGUAAAGGCAGGUCUGAAGAUGUUAGCCCAACGAAGAAAGGCUGAACAUGGUGGUAUCGAUCAAACAAAAUCUGCAGAACUGCUUGCUGAGCUGACUGCAGGUGCACCGGCGGUCCUCAUUCUUGCCAGUAUGUUUCAGCGCGACGAGCAUGGAAACAAGCGGAUACCUAUACUUUUAGAACAGCUUAAGGUUCGGGUCACAGAUCGUGGUCAAGUAGAUUCAAAAUCUGGCGAUCGUCAUAUUUCGUUUCGUAUCGAGCUCGAAUAUGGAAAUGGCCUCACCAGAAUGAGAUGGGUGAUCCAUCGACUUUUGAGAGAGUUCGCAGCUCUACACGCAAAGUACAAGGUUCAAAUCAGUGCACAGAAGUACAUUCAGUUGAGAGGCGAUGAGCGCACUAAAUUACCUCGUUUCCCUAGAAUUCUGAUGCCAUAUGCUAAGUCACUCGGAUUCACGGGUCUCGAUAGUGAAUCAGAAGAGGAUGGAGAAAAUGAUGCCGAGGCACCAGAAGCGAAUACUGGCGAUGCGAGUGUUAAGCAGCGACAAAAGCAAAUCAAGGGUAAAAAGGAUAGAAAGCCCCGGCCAACCCUUGCGCACCGUCGAAAGUCAAGCGUGGUCUCUAUGGCCGGAGAUGCUGCAGCACAAGCUCGCAGGGAAGCAUUGCCAGAACGUCAGCGUAAAAGCAUUGAGAUUUACUUGCAGCAGAUGAUAAGGUAUCUUAUCUUCCGGCCAGAAUGCAACCGUUUAUGCAAAUUUCUAGAGCUUUCAGCACUCGGUGUGCGACUUGCUGCUGAAGGGAGCUAUCAUGGUAAAGAAGGCUUGCUUACCUUGAAGUCCGGAAAAGGGGUUGAUUUCAGACGUGCAUGGAGCACUCCCAACCCCCUGCUGUUUGUCGAUCGCCACAGACCUAAAUGGUUUGUUGUUCGCCAUAGCUAUGUGGUCUGUGUCGAUUCUCCGGAAGCCAUGAACAUCUACGAUGUCUUUCUUGUAGACUCCAAUUUCCGAGUUUCAGCCAAGCGACGACGACUGAGGGAUCAACAGAAAGCCAAAGAUAUGGCAAGGGCCGCGAAAGAAUCCGCGGCUCACCCGCAACAUCAUCAGUUGAAGCUCUACAAUUCAGAGCGGCAGAUCAAAUUGCUGGCUAGAAGCGAAAGAAUGCUGAACGAGUUUCAAGAAUCGAUCCUAUAUAUGUGCACAACUUCUCCGUGGUCAAAACCCAAAAGAUUCGACAGUUUUGCGCCCAUCCGCUCGAAUUGUUUUGCUCAAUGGCUUGUGGAUGGCAGAGAUUACAUGUGGAAUGUUUCCCGAGCGAUUAGCAUGGCCAAAGAUGUGGUAUACAUCCAUGAUUGGUGGUUGAGCCCUGAACUUUACAUGCGGCGACCUGCCGCCAUCAGUCAGAAAUGGAGGCUUGAUCGUCUGCUGCAGCGUAAGGCAAGAGAGGGCGUCAAGAUUUUCGUGCUAAUGUACCGCAACAUCAACUCUGCUAUUCCAAUCGACUCAGAGUACUCGAAAUUCUCUCUUCUUGAUCUACAUCCCAACAUCUUUGUACAACGCUCUCCGAAUCAAUUUCGACAAAAUACUUUCUUCUGGGCACACCACGAGAAGCUUUGUUUGAUCGAUCACAUGGUUGCUUUUGUGGGUGGGAUUGAUCUGUGUUUUGGCAGGUGGGACACGCCGCAGCAUACGGUUGCGGACGACAAGCUCACAGGCUUCGAACCAUCCGAUGAACCCAAGGACGCCGAUCAUUGUCAGUUAUGGCCUGGUAAGGAUUAUUCAAAUCCGCGGGUACAGGAUUUCUACGCUUUGGACAAGCCGUACGAAGAGAUGUAUGAUCGAUCACGAGUGCCUCGUAUGCCGUGGCAUGACAUUCAUAUGCAAAUUGUAGGACAACCGGCGCGCGACCUGACACGACACUUCGUGCAGCGAUGGAACUACAUUCUUCGCCAACGAAAGCCUACUCGACCAACACCUUUUCUUCUACCUCCGCCAGACUUCGACACCCCCGAUCUCCGGGCUGUCGGGUUAGAGGGCACUUGCGAAAUACAAAUUCUCCGCUCAGCUUGUGAAUGGUCGCUUGGAACCCCCGGCCUGACGGAGCAUAGCAUCAUGAAUGCUUACAUCAAGCUCAUAGAACAAUCUGAGCACUUCGUGUAUAUCGAGAACCAAUUCUUCAUCAGCAGCUGCGAGGUUGAAGGUACUAGAAUGGAGAACAAGAUCGGAGACGCACUUGUUGAACGUAUUAUCCGUGCGGCGCAAUAUGGCGAGCGAUGGCGGGCUGUCAUAGUCAUUCCAUUGAUGCCAGGCUUCCAGAACACUGUAGAUAAUCAAGAUGGCAGCAGUAUCAGACUCAUUAUGCAGUGUCAAUUCCGUAGCAUAUGCCGCGGUGAGGCCUCAAUCUUUGGCCGCGUCCGAGCCGCAGGCUUCGAGCCUGAAGAUUAUAUUCAGUUCUACAGCCUUCGCUCGUGGGGCAAGAUUGGGCCUCAAAAGCAACUUGUGACUGAGCAGCUCUAUAUUCACGCUAAAUGUAUGAUUGUCGAUGACAGGAUUGCCAUCAUUGGUUCCGCAAAUAUCAACGAGCGUUCAAUGCUUGGCUCUCGGGACUCGGAAUGCGCUGCGGUGGUUCGUGAUACUGAUAUGCUCAAUUCUACUAUGGAUGGUGAACCCUAUCUUGUUGGCCGCUUUGCUCAUACUCUACGCGUACGCCUUAUGCGGGAGCAUUUGGGUAUUGAUGUCGAUGAAGUCAUGGAAGAGGAACAACGAGCAAAUGAGACAGAACACGGCAGAGAUGAUGGGCAAACUAGCGAUGACGCUGCUACUGAGCCUUCAGACGAAGAGUCCAAGCGUAAAGCUUGGGAAUCUAUGCACCGUAGACAAGACGAGAUGCUUCUCAGAUCUGAGCAGAUCUCAAGUUUCAACCAUGAUAUCGAUUGGGAGCAAUCCGAAAACCCAAAUUUAAAAACUAAGAGGAAAUUAACGGAGGAUCCAAGGGUCACCCACAAUGAAGUGCAUAGGAAAUCGGUGGAUGGUGACGGUACUGACGCAAUGAAGCGAGAGGAGCGAGCAGGAAAUCGAAAACGCCGAGACUCCAGCCUCCGACAGACGACGGGUGGCAGCAAAGAAAUUUUGGCCAGCCUCGAGGGCUCGGAUACUCCAACUAAAAGGCUUAAUCUGCAAUCACCUCAUCCUAAGCAUGCUGACGAGUUAGCCGCUAACGUAGACCUACCUCCCGACUUUCUGUUGGAAAAGAGUGCUAGUCUCGGGGACCUCUCUGGAAGCUCACUCCCUCCUUUACCGACAACCGACGACACAGACAUAGGGGGCCCUCGAGGGAAGCAGUCCGCGGUCAGAAUAUACUUGAUAUGUUUUAUCCCAUAUUAUCUCGAUACUUGGCAUGCCGUCGCUGAAAACAACACCAAGAUCUACAGGAAUGUGUUCCGUUGUAUGCCUGACAACGAAGUCAAAACCUGGAAGGAAUACAAAGAGUAUGCCUCCUACACUGAACGAUUCUCACAAGCACAAGGGGGAGGUAAGCUCUCUGAGCGCGUGAAGAGGGAGAAUAUCUCAUCGAGCAGUGGGCCACCUGGCACAUCAUCUACAGCUGACAAGCUCAAGUUACUUGGCUCAAUUGGAGAGAAAGCCGGCCAACUAGACGGCCAAGUGGAAUCUUUUGGCCAGAAACUUCGCCACAGUCUGGGAUACAAAGACCCAGAGAAAUACCCAAUGGGCCGAGUCGAGGAAUGGGCAGAAGAAGCCAACAAAGCACAAGCAGAGCGACAUGAACGCGAGGACAUGGAGCAUGAGAAACGAGCGAAGCGGGAACAAAGGGGAGAAAUGAACAGCGAGAAAGCUUUCAAUUCAAAUGAUGCUAGACAACCCGGCUCGUCUGCAAUCCCUAACAUUGACGGUACAGAACACCUCCCGGUCUCGAAACCGGCCUCUCCACCUUCCAUAACUUACUCGGAUGCGCUGAAUCGCAAUGCUUCAACUCAAAAGCGGAGAAGGCGAGCAACAACCAGAAGUUCGAGGAGGGAAUUUCGUGCGAGUGACGAUGUCAUCGGAAAGGACGACGCGGAAGAGCUGAUGCAUAUGCUGCGGGGACAUUUGGUGCUGUGGCCGUACGAUUGGCUGGUUAAAGAGGAACAGGGUGGGAACUGGCUUUACAGCAUUGACGCCCUGGCACCUCUGGAGAUUUAG